AUGGAUCGGCCCUCCGAAACCACCCCCGAUGGCACUUCACCACGAACCUUUGCCCUCAAUCACAGCAGACCAAAGUCCAGCUUUCAAGGCUGCUCCAGGAUAGCCGACUAUGAGCUGCAAGGCAAACUGGGCGAGGGCACCUUUGGUGAGGUCCAUCGCGCUCGAUCCCGCAAGACAGGCGCUCUUGUCGCCUUGAAGAAGAUUAUCAUGCACCAUGAAAAAGACGGUUUCCCCAUUACCGCUCUGCGAGAAAUCAAGCUGCUCAAGCUGCUGUCUCACCCAAAUAUUCUGAGAUUGGAAGACAUGGCUGUAGAGCACCCAACGAGACAGACCGACAAACGCAAGAAACCCAUUAUGUACAUGGUGACGCCCUAUAUGGAUCACGAUCUUUCGGGCCUUCUCGAUAAUCCAUCUGUUCACUUCAAAGAGGCCCAGAUCAAGUGCUAUAUGCUCCAGCUACUCCAAGGUCUGCGCUACCUUCACGAUAAUCACGUCCUCCACCGAGAUAUGAAGGCGGCCAACCUUCUCAUCAACAACAAGGGCAUCCUCCAGAUUGCCGAUUUCGGUCUGGCCCGCCACUACGACGGACAAACGCCACGAGCCGGCCAUGUUGUUGGAGAAGGCCGGCGAGACUACACCGGGCUGGUUGUCACUAGGUGGUACCGCCCGCCUGAACUUUUGCUGCAGCUAAGACGAUAUACCCCCGCUAUUGACGUCUGGGGUGUUGGCUGUGUGUUUGGAGAAAUGCUGUUCGGCAAACCCAUUCUUGCUGGCGAGAGUGACGCUCACCAACUGGAACUCAUAUGGGAUCUAAUGGGCUCGCCCACUGAUGAGACUAUGCCGGGAUGGAAGAGCUUGCCUGGAGGUGAACAUUUGUCUCCCAGGUCGCGGCCGGGAAAUCUUCAAAGCCGCUUUAGGGAGUACGGCUCUGGGGCAAUUGCUCUGCUAAAAGAUUUGUUAAAACUGGACUGGAAGACACGGAUUAAUGCCGUGGAUGCCUUGCAACAUCCGUACUUCAAGAAGGAGCCGCUACCAAUGGAACCACAUCAGCUUCCUACUUACGAAGAGAGCCAUGAGCUUGAUCGGAGAAAAUUCCACGACCGCAAAGCUGCCCUGCCCCCUGCCCCCAAGGGAGGAACGGUUGGCCUCGGUCCCGAUGCAAAUGGAGCAACUGCCGGGUUCAACAGCAAUGACGCCUACGGUGGUCGAAGUGGUGCCAACGGGGGACGCUUCAGGGGCGGUGGUCCAGACGAGAGGCGGCCUGCUUGGCGGGAUCGAGAGCGUGGGCCGCCGUCACGGCCUCCCCAGGACCGGCCGCCAAACUGGGAGGAUGCUGACCAUCGAGAUCGAGAUCGGGCGCCUCGCAACCGCGGGCCGGGCCGUGGACCAGAUAUAGACACUUAUAUUCCGAGCUAUAGGCGCGAAGAGGCGGGAGGCCAGCGCAGGGAUGAUGACCGGCCUCGUGAUGACCGACGACGCCCUACCAGUAAGGACAGUGGGCGACGAUACGACAGAGAGCGGCGAACAAGAAGCCGAAGCCGCUCGCCGAUGCAUGACAGGAAUCGCGACCGAGACAUGUAUCGACGAUGA